UGACUGGAGACUCAUUCUGGUUUGGUGAAUCGUUUUAGAAUUCCAGAAAAACCUUUUUUUUUCAAAGUAUUUGACGCCAAAAACUCGAAAAUAGAAAACAGUGAUAAUACUAGUAAUUUGAACUAGAAGUUUAGUUAGUGUAAUUUUUCCGAAUAGUUCAGUGAGUUGGUCGUUGUCGGCGGUGUCUGCCUCCGCGCGCGCGCUGGUCCGCGUAUAGUGCGUGAUAAGCUCAACCCAAGCCAGGUGUAGUGGCAUUGGGGAAUUUCAGGACCCUGCGGCGACGUUUAAAAGAAGCCACGUUCGGCUUCUUUCUUAAAGCCAUUGAACUGACCCUGUUCGACUACAGUCUUCUACUCUAAACACAGACUAACAUGAGACUGGCAUUCGGAAUUCAUUUGGAGUUUUGUCUAGUUACAACAAUGAACAUUUUAAGAUUAUGCUGUGUUUAGUGUGACUUUGAAUAAAGCAACACGUAACAAAAUAAAAAAAAUGUCUGUUCCGAAUAAACCGUUUUCUCCUUCUAAUGUGAAACGGAAACUUAAGUUCUGGAAUAAAAAAUCAGUAUCAAUAACUGACUACGACCCUACGUAUAAAGUAAUUUAUCUCGGGAACGUCUUGACACUGUGGGCAAAGGGGGAGAACUGUGUUGACAAGCCGCUGUCUACUUUGUGGAAAAAUUACUGUUCCAAUGUUAAACACGAAAUAAAUAUGAAAGUUACGGUAUGUCACUCUGGUAUCAAGGCAGUGACGAAAGAACACGGACUUACAGAGUAUUGGGCUAACAGAAUAACGUUCUGCACUCAUAAUCCCCAGUAUCCACGUGUAUUUUGUUGGGUGUAUCGACACGAAGGCCGGCGUAUGAAGCAAGAACUUCGGUGCCACGCAGUUCUGUGCGUAAAAGAAGAGAAGGCCCAAACAAUGGCAAUUCAACUAAAUCAAAAACUUUCAGCAGCACUUCAAGAAUUUCGAAGGGAAAAAAUCAUCCGACAGAAGGCACGAUUGUCAUUAGCAAAUUGUACUGAUGAGCACCCAAGUCUUCCACGGCGGAAGGAGCUGCUGAUUACCGGAACAGUAAAUUUUAGACCUCCAAUGGAAAGUUCUAGGAGUGCCCCCAAGUUAACAUCCAUUGAUGAGAUUGAAGAGGAACUGGAAGAGGAUGGAGAUGACUUCGAAGACUUGAUGAAUGGCUCGCUAGUUUCAGAACAAGAAUCAACUUCUGAUAUUGUACCAGAUGAUAUAGAUUCGCUUUCGGACCAGUAUCUGGUCACGGGCAGAGAGAGCGAUUCUUUUGAUUCGGACUCAGUAGAGGAAGUUCCAAAUCCUUGUCCUCUCAAACCGCUCAACUCAAUAGAUGAGGAAACUGACAAUAUAUCUGAUGAGUCUGGCUACUCAGAAGAGAAGGAAUACGUUUCAAGAAUGUAGUGUAUAAUGUUUUCAGACUUUAGCAUGUAUCUCAGGAAGAACUGUUCUUUCCAAAGCCAUUGAAAUCAAGACGUAAAUAGUACAAAAAUCUGGUGAAUUGAUGCCUCUACUUUUGAUUUGAGAAAUACUUUAUUAAUUCCAGUGUUUUUUGUUGGUCUUAAUGUUGUAAGUAUGUAUGAUAUUCAUAGUUUUAGCAACAAAUAUUUCUGACAGUUUCCCUUAUUCAAGCUUUAAUGUUUCUUGUUGUAAGCCUAAAGUAUUUACGUGAAAAAGUAAGGUUUAAAUCUCAUAAAGUAAUUUAUUCUAUUUUCACUUAUUAUUCCCUGGGGGAAUUAUGAGAUUUGCACAAUGGAGAUAUUAAACUGACUUAGGGUUUAGGAUUUAGGAAAAUCGAACUCUCUAUCAUUUGGUUUGUUUAGAACAAUAUAAAACAGUCAUCGUAAACCCCACGUCUAGUACAGGAUGUCUAUAUUAUUUGGAAUAUAUUGUGUCUGCUUGUAUAUUUAAAUGUUCCAUUUGUGAGAUUUUUUCAUUUUUGUAAUUUAUUUCUUGCGUGAUUAAUUGAAACGUAAUAUUAAAGACAUAAUUCCUAUAUCCUUGAAAUAAUCCGCAUAUAUAUUCCUCAAACAUAAUAUUACAAAUAUUAUAUAAUAUUUCACUUGUAUCAUAACAAAGAUUAACAGAUCAGGAUUCAUUACGAAACAAAUACCAUCCCUAGUUGAUCGUUAUUUGGGUCCACUUAAGCAUAAGAAAAUAAAUAAGUUUUUGAAUAUAAGACGGCCAGUGUUCGUUAUAGUGUCUUCCAAUUAUUUGUUUGCAUUAGAUCUGGUUGUAAAGCUUACAGAAAGAGAGCAGGUUUUGAAAACAAGUAGGUGUCUAACACCCAUUAUAUUUUGAUUAUUUUGAAUAAAGAAAAGACGUGUUGUUUGUUAAGUCACAACCAACUACUAAGUGCCAGGAUCACACAAAAAAUUUAACUUUCAUACCGAAAGUGUAGCAACUACCGUGCCAAAUGUGUAUAUAAUAAAAAUGACAGAUGCAAAGACAGAAACAAACUUCAUUUUCUUAGAAAAAAAGAUAUAGAUCCCGGUAAAAAUUAUAAUUUUCUUUUAUUUUCCUUGUGUUGUUUAUGCCACGUUUAUGACAGAGAGAUAGAACUUGUUACUUUCUAUUCAGUAGCAUGCAGCGUUAUUGUUUCAUUUUAGUUCAAGUGUACUUACAAAAAUAAUGAUAAUAAUUACUAGUGUACUCUUCAUGGUUAUAUGUUCACAUAUAAUCAGUGUAAUGCAUAAUAUACGGUUACACUUUCCCAAGAAAAACAGCAACAACUUGUUUGGUGACUUUCAUUGCCUAUUGUUUUCUUUUCAGAGGUAAUAAGAAAGCUCGUGAAAGUCAUACUCAUGAAUUGCACAAAAUACCGUAUACAGUACUUGAAAAAUAUUUUUUGUGUAUUAAAAUGACUUCUUAUUGUAAGUUUCAAUUGAUUUAACAUAUUUUAAGUGCACCAAGCACAGAUAUACGUUGUCAAUGUCCUGAGUGGUUUGGGUUUUCUUAUGUUGAAUAUUCUGUUAACAAGUGCAGUUCCUUGGUAUGUGAGGAAGUAACUCUACUUAAAACAUUUAUAUUCAGACAUGGUUCAAAACCUAAUUAUGAAUCAGAAGUAGUAUAUUUUAUUUGUUUAUUGUUCAUGGAGGACAUAAAUUUAAAGAAGUUGUGAAAUGUGUUUCUAGUGCUUACAUUUGAUUCAAAAACUAUUAUUAUGAUUUAUAUUUUCUCAUAAUAUCCUCUGUCAAUUACUGUAUUUUUUACUAACUUAGAGUUAUUCUGUAAAUGUGAAUUAUUCUCUGCCUAUGUUACACGUUAGAAGCUCAACUGCAUUAAGGUUAUUAAUAGAAGCUAUAGAUUGUAAAAGCGUACUUUUUUGUUUUGUGAUACAACUUGAAAACAAAACAUAAUAAAAAUACGUUUUAGCUACCUACAUAACAGUGUGCAUUAGAAAUACAGGUGGCUUCAGAAUAUCUGGCAUGGCUAAUUCCUUAAUAUUCUUGAGCGUGUUUGAGUUAUGCACUCUAAUAACAAUGAGCACAAUUCGAGUGUGAUUUCAAUAUUAACCAACAAUGUAAUUACAACCAUAAAUGUAAAAAAAUAGCGCAAAUAUUGCAACAAAUACACAGUAAUGAUAUGAAUUUAAAAGUUAUUGGAGCGUAUCUCUUUUUAACAACACUUUGUACACCUUGAAUUGAGAUCUCACACACUUUGCUUUCAGAGUAUAAGAGAUCUAGCUCUUUCAGGUAUCACUGGCCACGUGACUUCGAUUUAUUUUAAAUAGCCACUAGCCAUGUGAAACACUACAAUAAGUAUGACCAUCGAAACUCAACAUUGCAUCAUUACGAAAGUUUGAACAUUUAUUUAGAAACAGCAAAAUCGGAUUGAAAGAAAAUUUAGAGCACAGUUAAAAACACCACGUUUCGAAAAUACUGUUCAGCCUCAUCAGGCUAGAAAAUAAGGAAAUAACACCAAGAGAAUUUAUAGUUAGAAAAUACAUCACACCAUUAACGAUUACUUAUCUUAGAUGUUUAUUUAAACACAAUGAGACAAAGUUAAUCAAUAAUGCUUCUUUGUCUUCUAAUUAUUUUUUUCUUCUUUUUUAUUUCUAAACAUGCAUUACUUUUUAUACAAUUUCCUGGUGAAUAUUGAUAUAUCUAAAAAAAGGGAAAAACUUGAAGAAGCUCGGUUAUGCUCUUGAAAACAUUUCUCUAAUACUAUGCUGAUCACGCCAACGUUAAAAAUACUUGCUAUAUUUUAUUUAUAUUGAACCAAAAAUUCGUUAUAAUAUUUAAUAAUUUUGGGAAAACAGUAAGCAACAUAUCUAGUUUGAACUGUUGAAGGCUAUUAUUUAAUUAUUGGAAAUUAUAAUUGAUUUAAUCAUAUUUUAUAACAUGACAUACUCAAAGAAAAAGAAAUUUUCUGAGAAAUAAAAAAUAACUCAAUCAGUGAGGCCGUUAUGCAAUUCUUUUCCCUGUUACUUUUGAAAACGUUGGUUUUAAAAUCAGGGUCUAAUUUAGUAAUAAUAUAAAAUUAAACAAUAUCAAGUAGAUUUUCUUCAAGCAUGUUCCUUUCUCCUUUAAGCUUAAGGCUAUAUAAUGGGCUAAUUGCACUGUGCUUACCAAUGGGAUCAAUUAGAUUAGAUUACCAAUUAGAUGAAUUCUUCAAAUAAUCGAUUCCAUUCGAAAGCUUCUCUCCUUAGUGGUAUCAUAACCAGCAGAGUUAUGACUCGAUGGUAUGCCUUUAAACGUAUCUACAAAUUGUGAGUAAAUGAGAAAAUUAUAGAACACGAUGUCGCUUUCUUUUUAUAGAUUCAUUUUCGAAAGAAAUUGUUUUAAGCUAAAACAGGCUGAGCUUAACGUAUGAACAAAAAUAUCUAUUUCUAGAACUUUGUUGGUUGUGAAAAACUUGAUAAUUUAGUCUUGAUAUAGCUAUAUAGGGAAUUUUGAAAUUCAGAUGUUUAUCAAGUUAUUGUCAUUUAUAUUUAAAACAUCUUUAGUAGUAUUGUGACGUAUUUGUUGGAUUGAUAAAUGCGCACACUUUUUACCAGGUUCCAUCAUGACAUAUAGUAGUCCACAAACAGUUAUUGUUUAUCAGGUUGUUGUGUCAUGAUAUAAACCAGUAGUCCGCAUAUUGUUGUUGUGCUUGUUAGGUUUCAUCAUUACAGUAGUUCGCGUGCCGUACAACAUGCUAUGCUUUUCAAAUUGUAUUUUACUUUUAAUAUUAGGUAUUUCAUCUUAAAGCGAAUAAAAUUAUUCAAUAUUUUUUUAGCCACUCUUUUCUUCCAAAGAAGAUGCGAGAGAUUUUAACUCUAAUGUAUUAACUAAAGAUUACAAUUUAAUAAUAUGUGCACUUGGAAUAAGACACAGGUACUGAAAGAUCUGUUCUAUGUUUGCUAUCUUUUUUGUACAGAUUUCUUUCAUUCUUCUACGAUACCGGUUGGCACGAAUUGAUUGAUGUAUUGAGCAAAUAUUCGGUGAAAUGUCACAUGUUUGUUUUUGUUUGUUUGUUUACAAAACAUAAUAAAGGAUAUAUAUCUUACUUUCACAGUAGAAAAGUUAAAAUUUUGUGAGAACUUAUUUUCACAGUAGAAAAGUUAAAAUUUUGU